AAGAAUGAUUAUUAUAUAGAUCUUCAUAACUUCACUGUACAGAAAGAAUGAUCUGACGCUUUUGGAUUCCUUCUGUUAAAAUUUGAACAAACACUGUGUAUGUGGGCUGUGGUGGUAGGCAGCGAGUCAAGAGUGCUUUUGGACUUUAUGGUGGUUGGCUUGUAGAAGUAGUUGUCUUUUUUAAGCUCCACUAUUGGGGUGGCCUGCGCAUAGGGAGCACCCCCACUGAAGUUCUUGUAAUUAUAGUCCUUGUUCCUUGUAAUGCAUGGUGUUUUCUGAUUCAAUUGGCAAUGACUUGCGACUUCAUCAAGUUGUAGGGAUUGAAGAAUCUGAAUUGAACCCAGAUCUUUAGUUCCCGUCUCUCUCUCUCUCUCUCUCUCUCUCUCUCUCUCUGCGAGGCAAUAAUUGGAAGACUUGAGGGAGAAAAAAAUCCAUUUCAUUACCAGGUCUGGGUUUCAAAAUUUGCUCUUGUUACUUUGUAUAGGGUUUCUGUUUGGGAGGCUUUGAAGGUUUCAGUCGAUUUUUCUGUUCAUCCGUUUUGGGUGUAUUUUUUUUGUUUCAGAUUUUCUUGUAUGUGGUGGAACCUGUGGUUUAAUCAUAUAAUACAAGCGUAGAUAACCCUAUUAGAAGUAGUAAAAUUCAUCUGCUCUGUUAUGUUGUGUCAUCACUGUGGGUCGAGCUUGCUUCUAGCUCUGCCCGAGGAUGUGUUUGCCAUAGUCACCCAGUCCCUCUCUCCGAGAGACAUAUGUAAUCUAGGGUCCUGCUGCCAGAACCUUUAUGCUCUCGCAUCUUCUGAUAAGAUUUGGUUCACCCAAUGUGACCUGAUGGGAGUUGUUCCACCGCUUGACCUUGUUGAGUGGCGAAAGGGUGUUGCCUCUUACAAGGCUCUAUGCCGGUUCCUUGUCAGUGUUCAACCCUUACUUGGGAUUUGGGUUCACCAAAACCCAGAGCUUGGUAAUGUUGUUUAUGUCAUGUUUGGAUUCAUUUCGGUUGUUGGUUGCCGGAUCAUCCCACAAGAACUUGGUCCAUUGGGUAUUGAAGAGGGUCCUAUUCUGUGGGCUCCAGUUUUUGAAAUCAUUGCGGAUUCCGAUGGUUCUGCCACAUUUUUCCUACAUGGGAGGGAGGGAGAAAAUGACUACCUUUAUCCUGGUUCACUCAAGCCCGUUGACAGGAUGUGCAAUGUGCUGUUGCUUGAGGUUGAACCAAUGCAACAGAGGAGUGGGGGAAAAUUAGUUCAUAGUAAAAGCUUUGCUCAUUAUUUUGAGGAGGAGUCAUCCAGAAAAAUUUCUCGACCAGAUAGUGAGCUUUCAAGAUUACAAAGAGUUGUAGGAAGGAAUGCGGCGCCGGUUCCCUUCAGCCGAUUGGCAUUUGGAGAUAGAAGAAAGCUAAUCGAGAUUGUUACCAGCCAAAUCCGUUUGAAGGUACCUGAUCCAGCAAAUGCGCUAAUCUUUCCUUGUUUGAGAGGUGAUGAGGAGAGUUUUGACCAGGACAUGGCACUUUUAUGUGAUCGGAGACUCUUACUUAUCCAACUAUGCAAGCUUGGUGGGGAUUGCAUUGAUCAGAAGGGCGAUCCUGAGCUGUAUCCAGAUCCCACCCAGUUGGAAUUAAGUGAGAUCAGGAAUAGUCUUGAUCGUUCAAGUGGUUUUCGUAGUUCUCUCAAUAGCAAUGAUGGUCAUGCACAAUGGACCAAAAGAAAAACCCUUGGUGGUUAUUUUAGGGAUGGACUUAAACAGAUCCUUGGAAAAUCAAGCUCAAUCUAUGGUAAAAGUGAAAUUUGGAGAAGUGGUUGUUCAAGCAAUGACAAUAAGCAUGCCCAACUACAUGAGUUUUUGCAGUCAGGUGAUAUGGUAGCAUUGACUUUACAUGCCUCGACAUUGAAGUUGUCUUCUUAUAGAGCUUGGCCAAGUAUGCAUGACAGUCGAUUUGCACUUUACAAGUUGCCUCUGCGGGCCCCAAAAUCAGGCCAAGAAUAUGCGGGUCUAUGGGGAGGGACUUUUGGGUGGCCUCCAGGGAGGCCUACUACAGACAAACCUGGAAAAGCUUUGUUCUUUUUUUUGCUCUCUUAUGAAGAAUCCCAAGGGCAACAACUUCUCAUUGCUACAAAGAUAUUAGAAGGAACACAUUAUGUUUUGCAUCCAAAUGGGUCUGCCGUGUUUAUAGUGAAUGUAGAUGAACCUUCCCUUGAGCCGUUCCCUUGGGCUAGUGAUGGAGAUUCCCUUCCCGUUGAUGUUAAGCAUGCCUUUGUGGGGGAAGGUAUUGCAAAUGGGUAUGGUUUUCGAUACCCUGGCUCAAAGCCUGGUUCACUAUUUGUGAUUCAAGGUGGAUUACUUGCAUUCAUAUGGAAGGAGUCCAGGGUUGUUUUGACCUUGCGGAGGCUUAAUUUGACAGAGCUUCUGAAGAAGGGUGAAAGGGUGCCUGCUCUACCUCCCAUUGCAAACUUCUCAUAUUUAACAAAGUCCUACUCAAAUGUUUUCGUUGGCUUCUCAAACACUUCAACUUGUCUGUCUUCACCAAGGUUUGAAAUUAUCAGACCAUAUGUUAAUGAAUAUGCAGUCUUUUCUUCUCUUUUCCUAGUCCUCUUUUGGUUGGUAGUUGGUUGAGAUUGAUUCUUUUGCUGAAGAUAUGUUUGGUGAUGCCUUCCUUAAAUUCCUUAGUGUGCAUGCUGGAUACCAAUUACUGCUUCACAAGCUUUUCUUCAAUGAUGCUUUUUGUGGUUCAUUUCUCUAUGUCCUGAUUUUUGUUCCAGUGUCAUGAUGAGGGCAUAAGCUUCUACUCCUUUGAUUCUUUUUAUCUCUAGGGAUUUGAGACGUGUAUAAACUUAUGUGCAUACUCAAAUGUUAUUGUAAUACACCAUCAAUGUGCACAACACUUUCUUUUGACCCUUUAGUGUGAUAUUCUGGAAGGCUUAUGAGUUAUGACUUUGGAUGACUGGCACGCUUUUAUUGUUCACGAUAAUAAGUCGUGCAGUGCUACGUACAAAUUUGGUUAAAUGUAGUCACUUUUGUUGAGGUAUUACACAAAGCUGUCUCGGAAUAGGAUAUACCUCAUGGAUUUACUGCAUAAAUUGUUUUUCGUAUAAGCAAUAAUUCAUGAAUAAAAGAUACCUUUAGGCGGUGAGCCCUUUACGAAAAUGGAAGUACUAGAUGCUUUGCAUUGAGGGGAAUGUGUAUAUUGUUAUGGAAACUACGGAAGAUUCAAAGGGAACUCCUCUCUUUCUUAUCGACACAAGAACACUCCUGUCUCAGUGGAGAAAAUGGGAAGGAGCAUAAAUCAUUCCAGGUACUAAUUGUGAGCUCAAUAUUCUGUUGUGCUCUCUCCAAACUGUCUAUAAUAGGCAUAAAGCUGCUGUCCGCCAACAAACCUCAGAGACCUCUGGACCUACCACUUCUUCAAAUUUUUGGUUUCCAAUCAUUGCUUUCAAUCAUAAAGUGGGUACUUAGAACGAGUCCACAAUUCAGUGGCAAAUUGGCAAUCACAGAUUCCUCCAACCAUUUUCACAUGAAACACCAGUUGUUGCCAGCUUUUGCCUUUUCCUGAGAUUGUCCAUAGUCAACAUAGCUUCACAAGAUGCUGCCCAGGCCGAAAAGCCACCCUCAAAGUAGCUUUUCUCCGUCAUUUAUGUGCAGGAAGAUGAAUACCUCUGCCAUGGAGUUCUUGAUAAAAUGGUGGGUACAUCAAUUAUAAAGGGCAUCAAUGAUGGGUUUGGGACUACAACGAGAUUACCUGCAAGAAAGUACCCAUUCCCAUGCGUGGAACUAAAAGAACAGACUUGGUCAUUGAUGAUUUUCGAGAUCUAAAGAAAGUUGAAUUCCAUUUUGAUAGUACAGACUUGAUCGUUCUUUAUCUUUUCAAUUGUUUAUGUUUGUUAAGCCCUCAUAGAUCUUGUGUUUGAUAUCAAGUUCUAUUUUGAUGUUAGUUUUGUGUUCGGGCUUCUCAAUCUCAAAUUUUCAAAAUCUUGUUGUUCAUAUUAUGGCCCCCUAGGUAGGAAAUUCUAGUUCCAUUCCUGACCUCGAGUCUUGAUUUGUUUUCCUUUCUUAAAGAUGAGUUGAUUAGAUAUAUUCAAGAUGAUUUUCCAUGUUAUUUGUUAUUCGCGUACUUGGAAGUAUGGUUAAUUCUAAAACCGCGUCAUACUCGUACCCGUAACGUACUGGGUACCAGGUACGUCAAAUACGUACCUCGAUUUUUCAAAAUUUUUUUUUUGUACCAUUCCAUGUUUACUCCAUCCAGAUUGUAUUUAUAUUUUUUAUACAGAGAUGAAGCUAACUUGAUCAGAUUUUAGUUCUAUGCUUAGCAUGUCUGUAGAAUAAAGAUUCUGGUCUCUUGAGUUCUUUUAUGUAAUGAGAUUAAACUCUUAUUUGUACCUUAGUUUUGGCAUUAAACCAUGGUUCGUAUGUUGGAUUCUUAUUCACCUUAGUCAUUAUGAUAUUUUCUUUAUAUCAGAUGCAAAUCCUACAUGUGGUACAUUCAUGUAUAUCAUAAAACAUAUUCUAUACAUCUGCAGUCCAACCCUACCCAGACUAUACUCUUUGUAGGUUCUGUCGUAUCGACGUAGUAUAUCUCAUACUCUUGUUUGCCAAUAAAGAGUACAGUGCCUUCCCCCUCUUGUUAUCUGAUCCAUCCGCAGCCCAACUGUUCCCUGACUCUACUUUUUGUAGGUUCUAUCGUAUUGACGUACAAUAUCUCGUAUUCAUACUUAUGCCGAAUAAAGAGUACAGUGCCUUCCACCUCUUGUUAUCUGAGCGCUCAGGGCAGUCAAUCUUCCUGAGCUAGCAUAGCAACCUGAAGCAUAAUAAUAAGAAAGGGGGCAGGAAGUAAUUCUGGCCUUUUUCGGACCGGACAAAGACCUAUAUCGUAUCAGCACUUGUACACAUGCUUCAUAGUCUGCAGAUCGCAGAUUAUAUGGUCUUAUGGAAGAAACAAAAAGAGGAGUUGAUGCGAAAUUAGAAAUCUAGAGAGGAGCAUGGCAGUCGAAGUGGUUUAGAGUGAGUAGGAAUAGAACUAAAUGUGUAAGGUAAAUUUUGUAAUAUUCGAUGUAGACCUAACAAAUAAUAGUAGAAGAUUGGAGCUAUGGGAUACAAAAAAGGAGGUUUGAUGACUAAUAAGGAUAACGAUGAAGAGAUUGGGGAUGAUUCAAUCCAUAAGAACAAAGUAGGAUUAACUUAUUUGCCCUUUACUCGGCUUGAUAACCUUAAGGUUAUAGGUUCGAACCUAAGAGAUUUUUCUACCCCAAGAUUAUAUGUGUAACACGUGGGCAUUUGAAAUAAGGUCCUUUUUUCAUGCAUUGAGGGUGGCCUCGAAAGAGCCUGCCAUGCUAUAGAUGCUGCUCGAUAUGUUCACUUCUACUAAAUUUGCAUGCUAAAUUUUAGGUGAUCACUGGAGGAUGUCCUGAAUGUUCAGUGAUGUGCACUUAGAGGGUAUGUAAAAUCCUUUCAUAUUUCGUAGUCCUAUUUAGUCCAGAUGGAAUUAGUUUGAGAUAAUGUUUAGCAAUUAGUAGGAAGAAGGAAGAACAUUUUCAAAUUCUUUCAUACAAUUAGGGGAUAUUUGUAUUGUCGAUCCAUUGUGAGAGAAACUCAGUAGCAGAAUAUAGUUACAUAACUCUGUUUGUGCUGCUACCUUGUGGAUCUGUCAGGAGUAAGCAUUAGGAAGAUUAGGUUUCCUUUAUAGUCGAGCAAUAUACUGGUUUUUUCGAAGGUAACUGUAUUGUGUUUACUGACACUGGCUUCUAGUUGACACUUGUGAUGUAGGAUUUGAACUCGUGACCUUGGCAUCUAGUCGAUGAUGUUAUAGCAGGUGGCUUUUGCUUUGUUCAUAUGUAAAGCUUUGACAUGCUUACUUUGGUGUUCUUCGAUUGAUAUAAGGGUUGUUUUUUUGCUUCUGAAUUUAUACCCCAUUGUUCUGUACUCUGGUAAAAUUUGUGCUGAAAUAUUUUUAAUUGUCUAAACAACCCAUGUGUACCUUACAGGCACAGCAAACAUGUUUUUUUGCAAUGAAGUUUAGGGAAAAUUUAGGACACGUCACGUGUCUGUGUCCUUGGCGUGUCUGUGUCUUUCACUUGUCUGACCUAGAUGUGAGUCAUGCAACACUCAUUUAGGCGUGUUUGUGCUUCAUAACUCAAAACAUCUCCAUCUGUUUCAUGUCUAAUGGUGUGUUUACUGUAAAAUUCAUCUUAUCUGGGCUUCAUUUGGUUUAUAAAGCAAGAUCCACUGACCGGUUCAAGGCAAAAGCCCACUAAGAGAAGAACGAAGUUCCAGGAAUCUGAAACUUCUGAACUGCAUAGCUCUGUUAUAUUGAUUGAUUCACUGUUGGGACUAAGAUUUUUCGCUUGAAUACACAUUUUCCUCUGAACUUGUGUGAUUCCAAAGUGCUAACUUCUUGUUUUAAAUUGCAUAAUCUGUAAAGUGUUUGGAGGAAUAAUAUUCUAAUGUGCUUCCAUAUC